GGUAGGUUUUGACGUUUAGCUGAUAUUUCCACAAGACUAGAAUUUUGUCUUCAGCCAUUACCAUUUUUACUUCUAAAAAAGUAAUUUAUCUUUAUUUUCUGUGGUGUAAAAUACCGUAACGCGAAAUUAAAAAAAAAAUGGCGAGCAUUGCAACAAAAGGAUCCACCUUGGUAAACAAAUUGUUGGUACAAGCAAGACCACAACUUGAAACUUUUCUUAAGUACGCAAAAGUGGAGCUAACACCACCCACUCCAGCUGACAUUCCAGCUAUUCGUCAAGGAAUUGGUCGUCUCAUUAAUGGUGCUCGUACUGGCGCAUACAAAAACCUGACUGUAAAAGAGGCAUGGUUGAACACACUCGUUACUGCCGAGGUUAUCUUCUGGUUUUAUAUUGGUGAAUGUAUUGGCAAACGUCACUUGGUGGGUUAUAAGGUCUAAGGACUUCGUGAGUAGUUAAAAUGUAAACAAAACCAAAACGAAACGAAACAAAUGAAGCAAAAAUAGAUAAAUCCCAACAAUUUUGCGUUAAACAUUAAAUAAAGGAAAUCACAUUCUUUUCGAAAACAAUUUUAUUUUAGUUUUAAGUGGACAAAAAUGUCAACAUAGCCGGUAUUUUGAUAUCUGUCCACUAUUAUUUCUAUAAAAUAAAGGCGUUCUCCCAAGUGGAAUGAGAAGCUCGAUCAAAGCUCUGGCAGAAUCGGAAUUAUAGUCAGUUCUCGAGACAGUUAGGUCUACGUAACCGGAACGAUCCUGGAUUUCUAUCCAGCUAAGCGCACAACAGUAUUCCACCAAAGUAUUUGAUUACGAAAUGAAUUUUAGUUUAAGAAUAUAAUUAUAAUAAUUGAUUUCAAUUAUUUUAAGUUGUGGAUUUUCACAAUUCUGUUAACUUUAAUUGUAGAUCAGGUAGUGAAUAACCUACAAAGUAUUUAUAACAAUUCUUAUAUAUAAAUAUUAUUUGAUUAAAAAAAACUGUUAUUGAGAUCGAAUUAUACCUAAGGACACAUUUCUUCACAUACUUUCCUAAAUUAAUUUAUAUGGAAUAAUAAACUAUGGCUCGUUUUGGCAUAUAUCUAAAUUAACCCUAAGGUGCGCACGUAUUUUUUUAGUUCAUAUUGCAACACUGCCACGAAAAGCGACAAAGAGAAAUAAGAACCAAAACAGAACCGGUGACAAUAGCGUGAUACGAUAAACGACCAGAUAACAAUUUAACGCAGGCGAAGUGAUCUGGUGUCAGAGCACAAUAUAGAAACAACAAUUUUCGAUUGCGCAACUAAAAGCAAAUACAUAUAUUAACUACGUAGGGAACUUCAGAACCAUGCACCCAAUUCAUCGAAUAAUAUAUGCCUUUGGUCAUCGUACCUGCUCCGCCUCACUACUUUCAAAAAGCCAUUUAAGCCGUUCUCUCACGUCUUCUCCGAUGGACACACGUAAUAUGUCCUCAUAUGUAAUAGCAACUGAAUCAUCGGACAAGGGUAUGAUUAUUCUCAAUCGGCCGAAUGCUUUAAAUUCAGUCAACUUGGAAAUGGUACGAAAAGUCUACAAGCAUUUGAAGAAAUGUGAACUGACCAAAUCCAUGGUUAUAAUUAAAGGUGCUGGUGACAAAGCUUUCUGUGCUGGUGGUGAUGUUCGAUCCAUAGUCGAAGCCGGACCCACAGAAGAAUCAAAAGCUUUCUUCCGUGAGGAAUAUACCACAAAUGCCCUUAUCGGAAAUUAUAUUAUUCCUUACAUUGCCAUUAUUGACGGCAUUGUCAUGGGUGGUGGUGUAGGGCUCUCUGUCCAUGGAAAAUUUCGUGUAGCCACAGAACGUACGCUAUUAGCAAUGCCUGAAACCGCUAUUGGGCUCUUCCCAGAUGUUGGUGGUUCUUAUUUUCUAUCACGUUUGCCAGGAAAAUUGGGUCUAUUCUUAGGUCUAACAGGUUUUCGACUAAGGGGUGAUGACGUAUUAAAAGCUGGAUUAGCUACACACUAUUGUGAAAGUGCAAAAUUAGGAGAUUUACAAACGGAGCUGCUAAAUUGCAAGGAUGCUGAUACUGUCAAAGAUAUUCUUGAUAAAUAUAAUACACCAACAAAGAAAGACUUCGUUUUAAGUAGUGUUUUGGAUAAAAUAAACAAAUGUUUCACUGCUAACUCUGUUGAAGAAAUCUUUGAAAAUCUCAAAGGGGAUGGGAGCGAAUGGGCGAAUAAAACUCUGGAGAUGCUUCAAAAAGUUUCACCACUGUCCUUAAAAGUCACUUUCCGCGAACUGGAGUUGGGUUCAAAACUGCUUCUACCGCAAUGCUUAAAAAUGGAGUAUCGUAUGGUUGUUCGUCAUUUGGAAGACAGUGACUUUAAGGAGGGGGUACGAGCCUUACUAAUUGACAAGGAUCAAAAGCCUAAAUGGAAUCCUUCCACCUUGGAAGCGGUGACCGAAGAACGCGUUAAUUCCUUCUUCCAAAAACUUCCUGAUACCGAAGAGUUAAAAUUAUAACAACACAUAGAUUCGCACAAUAAGUUUCAAAGCUCGUAACAUAAAGCUUGAUUGCACUAUUGAUGUGUAGUUUUUUUUUUACAUUUUUUACAAUUUUUAUAUAUAUAUAACGCGUGUUGAAUUUGCAAUUCGUUAACAAGCAUAUUUGAAAAAAUUAGUAUAAUUAAUUUUCGAAAAUAAUGUCAUUUCCAAAAAUCUCAACACCAAAAGUAUAUAACAACUGUUGAUGCAUUUAUUUAUAAAUUACAAUAUUAAAUAUAAUAGAUUUUUUAUUAUACAACAUAAAAUAUAAUACUAAAGCAUACUGUUUUAUAUAAUUGUCAUUGGACACCACAACAUAUAACCGAUAAAUAUUAUGAGACAAUAUUAAAAAGUGCCUAAACAGUUAGAAGUGCUAACAAAUACAAUGUAAUCACAUAUUUGUUGUCAUUGAUGAUGAUGGAGGUAUAAUUAAUAGAAAGUUUGUAAAAUAUAAAUACAAAUUCAAAUAAUUCAACUUUA